ACCAUACCAUACGCCGAAAGAACCCAAUAUUCUCCUACCGAGUAAAAGCUUUGAACUUUGGAAGACCAACAAUGGCUAUGCUUUGAAAAUCAUCAAAGAAUCAACCUUGACUUUCUCCCCCUUUCCCUUCUUCUCUGUCCUGAUUCAUCCUUCCCUCACUCCAUAAAGCCUUCCCAAUUUAGGGUUUUCAGAUUUUCCCUUUGUGCUAAGCUUGCUGGCUGGGUCCAAGCAACAGCCAACAACUAGAAGAAGAAUGCUGGGUCCCACCGCGUCGAAGUGGCACAGAGCCGGCGGGAUUCUCCUCCACCUGAAACCCCACCGGAGCUUCCAAUCAAACGCCUUCACCACCAGAACCGCCUUCCACGGCAGGCCCAUUCGUCUCCCAAAGCCUUUGACUUCGAACAUCGUCCGUACAGCAUCAAUACUCCCUUUCCGCGUUAACGCCUUCAUCGCCGAUGGCACGUCCGCCCCUUCUCCGCCGGAAGGGCGGUCGUUGUUCUCCACAUCCCCGGACAAGAACAACCCGACUCCUACAGUUUCUAAGGGGAAUUCCGUCGAGCAGAUUACGGACGUGCAGAUUUUCCGAACUCUUGCCAGUUACUUGUGGAUGAAAGAUAACUAUGAAUUCCGCAUCAGGGUCAUUGCUUCUUUGGGGUUCUUGGUUGGCGCGAAGGUACUCAAUGUGCAGGUGCCUUUCCUCUUCAAGCUUGCCGUUGAUUGGUUGAGCUCGGCCACUGGCAAUGCCACUGCUCUGGCUUCUUUCACCGCCGCCAAUUCGACCCAGUUGGCUCUUUUUGCAACCCCGGCUUCGGUUUUGAUUGGAUAUGGGAUUGCACGUACUUGCGCUUCUGCUUUCAACGAAUUGCGGACUGCCGUCUUUUCUAAGGUAGCGCUGCGAGCAAUCCGAUCAGUAUCUAGGAAGGUCUUCUCUCAUUUGCACGACCUUGAUCUUCGAUAUCAUCUUAGUCGAGAAACCGGUGGACUAAAUAGAAUAAUUGACCGUGGUAGCCGUGCGAUAAAUUUUAUUCUCUCGUCUAUGGUGUUCAAUGUUGUACCCACCAUCUUAGAGAUAUCUAUGGUUUCAGGUAUACUGGCUUACAAAUUUGGAGCACCUUUUGCGUGGAUAACUUCACUGUCAGUUGCUGCAUAUAUCGCAUUUACAUUGACUGUCACACAGUGGAGGACUAAGUUUAGGAAGGCCAUGAAUAAGGCUGAUAAUGAUGCUAGUACAAGGGCAAUUGAUUCACUUAUAAAUUAUGAGACUGUGAAAUAUUUCAAUAACGAAACCUAUGAAGCCACUAAAUAUGACGAGUACUUAAAGAGGUAUGAGGAUGGUGCUUUAAAAACACAACGCAGUCUUGCUUUUUUGAACUUCGGCCAAAAUAUUAUAUUUAGCACGGCUCUGUCAACUGCUAUGGCGUUGUGUUCAAAUGGUAUUAUGAGUGGCAAUAUGACAGUUGGUGAUUUGGUCAUGGUGAAUGGACUUCUGUUCCAGCUCUCGCUUCCACUCAAUUUUCUUGGUAGUGUUUAUCGUGAGACUAUACAGAGUCUGGUUGACAUGAAAUCUAUGUUUCAGUUACUGGAGGUAAAGGCUGAAAUUGGUGACAAAGCUGAUGCAAAGCCUCUGGAGUUACGCGGGGGGAGCAUUCAGUUUGACAAUGUACACUUCAGUUACCUGAAAGAAAGAAAGAUUCUUGAUGGGAUAUCAUUUGUUGUGCCUGCUGGAAAGAGUGUGGCUAUCGUUGGAACCAGCGGAAGUGGCAAGUCCACCAUUCUCAGAUUGCUCUUCAGGUUCUUUGACACCCAUUCUGGAAGGAUAAAGAUAGAUGGUCAAGAUAUUCGGGAUGUGACACUUGAGAGUGUACGGAAGUCUAUUGGUGUUGUACCCCAAGAUACGGUACUUUUCAAUGAUACGAUAUUUCACAACAUUCAUUAUGGUAAUCUUUCAGCAACAAAAGAAGAGGUGUAUGAUGCCGCUCGACGCGCAGCAAUACAUGACACUAUCAUGAAGUUCCCUGACAGGUAUUCUACUGUUGUAGGGGAACGAGGGCUUAAGUUAAGUGGUGGUGAGAAACAGCGUGUGGCACUGGCUCGUGCAUUCUUGAAAGCACCUCCAAUUCUUUUAUGUGAUGAAGCUACAAGUGCACUAGAUAGCACCACAGAAGCAGAAAUAUUAACUGCAUUGAAGUCCUUGGCAACUAAUCGAACAUCAAUUUUCAUUGCCCAUAGGCUAACCACUGCAAUGCAGUGCGAUGAGAUAAUAGUUCUGGAAAACGGGAAAGUAGUAGAGCAGGGACCCCAUGAUGUUCUCUUGUCUAAGGCAGGAAGAUAUGCACAGCUCUGGGGACAGCAAAAUAACACAAUUGAUGCGCUUGAUUCCACCGUUAAAUUGGGGGCAUGACCUUGUUCCUAUUCCUCCACCCCUAUCCCUCCCAAAAUAAGAAAGAGUGGCUUAAGAAGCUGUUUUUCUGUCAGUCUUGCUGUACUUUAUUAGCCGCCUUGGAUAAUCAACUUAUACAUAUAUUGAAUUACUAUACAUGAGGAUGCACUUGGGUUUAAGCAAUGCUCUCACUUGCGCUUGAAAGAUUGAUAAAUGGCAUGUGGAUUUCUCCAUACAAUUCUUCUAUGAUCUUCACUUGACCAAGUUUCAAGCACAUGCUUCUAUGAUAAGGUAAGUAGUACUGCUUGGUUCCGUCUGAUAAAUUGUACAGAAGCCAGUUUAACUUUGAGAAGCAUGCACUGUGUUACCGGGGAAGCCUAUGAACAUCGGAAGAAAUUUUGUGUAAAUUAUCUAACUGAUACCUGAAGUAGCUUCUUAACUAUAGCCUUGCUGCUUAGGAUUGAAUUCAGUUCACUUUUAUACAUCAUUUUAGGAAGGAUUGUAGAAUUUUGUUGGCUUUGUGCUUUUAGUUCUAUCCGGCCAUGCACAAGAUGUAAAUCAGUGUAAAAUUUUGCCAAUUUGUGUUUACACAUGCAUCUUCUUUUUCGCGCAA